AAUUAUUACUGUAAUUAUUAGAACAGCAAGGUUCGGCUGAAACUUUCUCGUUUCUUCCACCGCCGCCUGGGAGCUGCCGUUAGAGCAUUCCACCUGAGGCCCGCGGGAAGGAGGCGGGCUUUUUUUUUUGUUGUGGCGGUUGGCCCGCCUGUUUGUUUUGGUCUCCGUGCAUGCACAAUAAAUAAUAAUUAGGAUAAUAAUGAAUAAUCCCGGGGAAGGCGGCGCGGAGCCGGAGGGGUUUGCGCGGCGGCUGCAGCGGGGCGGCCGAAGGGAGGGGAAAGAGGAGAAAAGAGUUGUAAGUUAUAUUUACCUUGCUCGCGAGGAGUGUGCUGGCUCAAUCUCUUCCCUCUCUGAGUCACCCAGAGUACAGAAACGGAGGGAGAGAGGACUAGAUUAUGAAUAUGACUUCAUUGAUGACAGCCGUCCCCUCCUCUUCCUAAACUCGGGCUCCGCCCCGCGUCCCACCCUCGCCUCCUGCACGGGCGCCGGAAGACGCGCGGCAGUUGGCCCCGCGCGCCGCUCCUCCCUGCCCGCCCGGGCGCGGGUUGGCGGGACGCGCCUGUCACUCGCCCAGCUCAGCGACUCCGGGAGCGCGGGGGAAAGAGGGGGCGGUGUGCAAGAAUGUGGAUCGAGACAGCUCUACUGUAUGCGUGGAUCCGUGUGUGUCUGCAAGGCGCCGGCUUUCGGGCCGUGUUUGUGCCUGGAGCAGAGAAACUGCGUAGGAUGCAGAAAGCCCCAAGCCCUGCUGGAGUUGGGCGCCCGCUAUCCCUUCCUGGCAGUCUUCUUCCUCGGGCGCUGCGGGGCUCCUCCGGGGAGGCUGGGGAGGAGGCGAAGCAAAAAGGGAGGGCAGCCGUAGUAAUACCGCGUAGUAGUUUGGGGGUAUGUGGAGAAGGUGCUGGAAUUUAACUGUGCCUCCGCCUGCCACUGCGAGCCUGCAGAGAGAAAGGGAGGGGACUGGGGGGAGGGCUCCGAGUGGCACCAAAGCUGUUUGUGACACAGUGUUGACUGUGGAAAAACGGGCAUUGUCGUGCCGGCUGAAACUUUUUCUCCCCCUUCCCCAAGGCUGUCUUGAUAAAUCUGCCCCCUAUCCCCUGUAAAAAAAAAAAAAAAAAAAAAAAGGAGGCGGGCACAAAGAACAUUCCUGCCAAAUCUGUCUCUUCUCCGAAGGGACUGCAAGCUUCCAAAUGCCAACGAGGGAGAAACGGCUGAGAGGCUGACCGCCUUAUAAAUAAGUAAACCCGCCCUAACCUCUCUGUUUACUUCGUGGACUAGACAUAGCACUGUAACCUUCCCUCACCUGCCAUCUAAGCUAAAAUGUAUACAAAAAGACCGUGGUCUCUUCCCUCUCACCCCGCGUUUAAGACCAAUUAAGGCUUCAAAUUGUAAUCUGCUGGCAAGUCGCGGUUUUGAGACCUCUUUGCUCCAAUUUUCCUUGAAAUACAGUACUUUGGCCGGACCAAUA